GGAGAUGUUACCGAGGCCAUUGUCCCCACUCAUCCAGAGAGGAAAGCCAGACCCCUUCGGCCAGCCUAACGCUGCCCGGGGGGGGGGGCAGGUGACCUGGGACCUAAGGGUGAUGUGACCUUGCCUAGGGCAAGAGCCCCCUCCAGUUCCCAAUCCCACUGCCCCACCUCAUCCUGGACUUGGCCAGUAACAGGAAUGAAAUACAACAGCCAUGUUUGGAGGCUUCUGGCCCAAGGGCAACCCUCUCUGCUUGGUGCCCAGCACCCCAGAAUGGGAAACAGGAGGAGACAUAGACCCAUUCAUACAUCUUAUAGGGCUGGGGAUUUAGCUCAGUGGUUCCGGCACCUGCCUCGCAAGUGCAAGGUCCUGAGUUUGAUCCCUGGUACCCCACACAUACAUCAUAUAAAUGGAUCAGUGACCCUCCCCAGUGGCCCCUGAAUGGCCUGGGCACAGCUCAGGGGGUCUGAGGUGCGGGGAGCUGGUGGAAGAGGGAGCAAAAAAGCCUAGAAUAGGGCCCCUGAGCCAAGAGGCUGCUGGAGAAUCUGGGUGGGAAGAGUUGAGAUAAAAGCCCCCUCUCACAGUCCUUGGGCAACCUGGCAAGGAUCUCAGUCUGAUCUCCAACUGGCCCACUGGACCCUGUGCAAUGGAGGGGACAUGAGCCACUCUCUCCUCAGCCUCUGAGACUUCUGCAGGGACCCAUAGCAGGAGAUGGGGGAUACCCCGAAUCACCCAGUGUCACACUCCAGGCAACCUCAGAUCACAGCAGGGCUGACACAACACUGAGCACUUGUAGCACCGAGGUGUGGGGUACCUACCAGCAUCACACCAGCCUGUGGCGUGCACAAGCCAUUUCUGGCACCAUAUAUUCACAGGGACACACUCCUGGAAUCCCACAGUCCCAACCACUGACAUCCCUGCAUGUCCUUCAGGCCCCACACACUGGUACCCUGGGCCCUAAACCCUGUUGCCCACGAGGACCCCUUCGGAGCCCGCUCCUGCCCAGGCCCCUCCCAGUGGCCCACCGUCUCGGAAUUAUUCCCUCGCGCCCCACGCUGUCCAGACCGGGUCCUGCCUGCCUCAGCACCCCAGUCAUUCUCAUGGUGACCGGUCGCUUGGCCAGCUAGGCCCCUGCUGCCUGGAGGGUUAAGGAGCCGCGGGGCGGGGCGCGGGGCGGGACCGCUCGGACGUCGGCGCCAUGGCCACUACCGCGGGUCCCGGGACUCCAGGAGGGCGCCCGAGAGCUCAGAUACUGCGCCUCACCAAGAUGGAGCGGGUGGUCGUGAGCAUGCAGGACCCGGACCAGGGCGUGCGGAUUCGGAGCCAGCGCCUGCUGAUCACCGUCAUUCCCCACGCGGUGACCGGCAGCGACAUCGUAGAGUGGCUGGCUCAGAAGUUCUGCGUCUCGGAGGAGGAGGCCCUGCAUCUGGGCGACCUCCUGGCGCAGCACGGCUACAUAUACCCGCUGCGAGGGCCCCACAGCCUAGGGCUCAGGCCCGACGAGACGCCCUACAGGUUCCAGACACCAUACUUCUGGACCAGCACCCUGUGGCCAGCUGCAGAGCUGGACUAUGGGACCAUCUACCUGACCAAGAAGAACAUCCGAAACGAGGGGGCCCUGGUGGACCAUGAGAAGGAGCAUUAUGACCAGCUGCACAAGAAGAUCAACCACAUGUGGGACCUGGUGGUGAUGCAGGCCCAAGAGCAGCUGCGGGCGGCUAAGCAGCGCAGGAAAGGGGACAGGUUGGUCACUGCAAGACAGGAGCACACAUACUGGCUGGUGAACAGACCCCCGCCUGGGGCUCCUAAUGUGCUAGAGCAGGGUCCAGAGAGGAGCUCCUACACUGCCAGCCGAGUGCAGAUGAGCUCAGACUUCUAUAAGCAGGAGAUUGAGUUCUCCAGGAAGGCACUGGGCAGGACCCGAGUAAAAUCCUCCAUCUGUCUUGAGGGGUACCUAAAGUUCAGCAACCAGCAUAGCCCGCAUGACCACAUCAUGUCAGGGUGCCUGCCCAGCAACCCCUGGAUCACAGAUGACGACACCUACUGGGUCAUGAAUGCACCCAUGGUGGCAGUACCCACAAAGCUUCGAGUGGAACGAUGGGGCUUCAGCUUCCGGGAGCUUCUGGAUGACCCUGUGGGCCGGGCCCACUUCAUGGACUUCCUCCAGAAGGAGUUCAGUGUGGAAAAUCUCAGCUUCUGGGAGGCGUGUGAGGAGCUGCGCUUUGGAGGGCAGGCCCAGGUCCCUGACCUGGUGGAUGCUGUGUACCAGCAGUUCCUGGCCCCCAGUGCUGCCUGCUGGGUCAACAUUGACAGCCGGACAAUGGAGCGGACCUUGGAGGGGUUGCCCCAGUCCCACUGCUAUGUGCUGGAUGAUGCACAGUUACACAUCUACAUGCUCAUGAAGAAAGACUCCUACCCUAGGUUCCUCAAGUCUGACAUGUACAAGGGCUUGCUGGCAGAGGCUGUGAUCCCACUGGAGACAAAGAGACGAGUGUUCUCGUUUAUGCGGAAGCCUCGACACUCAAGCCCCAGCCCGGCUCUUCUCCCCACCUCUGGGGAACCUCCAGCCACCAGCAGUGCUGCAGGUGGUAAGGGGGAGGACUAGGUGGACUCACCUUAUCACCCCCAGGCCCUGUUGCCAACAUUCUGUGUGACUGCAGGGUCACCCUCUCCUGAUGGCUGCUGAGCCCCAGCACUGGUGUCUUCUUGUGUCCAGAAUCCAGUCUCUCUCUGCUUCUCCUUUUCCCUCCAAUGAGGCUGCCUCUUCUCGGAAGUGAAUGGCCCAGUUGCUGAGUCCCAGGGAGGGGGUUUCAUUGGCCGAACUUGGCCAGAGGAUCUAUUGCUGGCAGGAUAGUGAGGCCAAGGCACAAGCACUUAUCCAUGGAGAUAUGCAGGUCUCUGAGCAGCCUCCCCCGUCCAGGAGAGCUCCCGAUGACCCCUGGGACCCUGGUCCUGCUGAGGCAUUUGGGGCAGCUGCAUACUCAGCAGCCUGUGCCUGGGAGGCUCUCCCUCCUUGUGCACCCCCCAACACACACCCUUCCAGCAUCCAUCUGAGCUGCAGCUUCCCCACUAGAUUUGUGCAUAGGUGACUGUACCUUGUUGCCCUAACUGUGAAGCUCCUGGUCCCUGCAGGGAGGGUCUUUGCCAGGGUAGUGGAGCCAGAAUCCUGUCUUCCUACCUAAUGUUUCCUGGGGGCACUGGCAUCCCUGCUGUGUGUCCCUUGUUCUUCUAAACUAGAUGAAGUUACAAGCCAGCUUCUUUUGGGGUCCACCUCAACCACAGGGCUGCAACUGGCACAGAAAUAAACAACCUCCCCCAUCUA